CAUACUGUAUGCCUGCAAAAAACACAGCUAAUACACAGUUGGAAUAACUGAAGAGAAUGAACUAUGAAUUUGUUCCAAAAUAGAAGCGUUAUUCUGUUUUAAAAAGUGGGCAGAGCAGCGGAGGACAACACCUCCGCCCACUUGCUGAUGAGUGCAGAUCAUGCGGCCUCCACUGUUUUGAUUCACGGGCUCGGACAGACAGGGCAGACAUGGCGGAGUAUUGGAAGUCCGGGUGACGCUUUCGAGCAAUCCCGCUAUUGCGAUAAAACUCCGUUGCACCAAGCAAAGGCAGGAGACAUCGGGGAAGCUGGCAGCUUUGUACGGAGCUCUGUUCCUCUCGGAGGACAUGGAGAUCACGGCGGAGGGAGAGGCAGAGGAGCGCAGGAGGGAGCACUGGAAGCUGCUGUCCAGUCUGAAGACCACAGUGGAGGGUCUUGUGUCCACCAACAACCCCAAUGUGUGGUCACGCUACGGUGGCCUGCAGCGGCUCCACAAGGACAUGAAUAACAUCCUUAGCCAUGGACUGAAGAAUGAGCAGGUGUACUACAAGCAGAGAGACUACUGGCCGUUUGUGUGGUGUGUUCGCUACAUCAGCCCUCACCUCGCCUCACAUGUUGAACAGUUCAGUCACCUGGAGCCGGUGCUGAGCAGCGGGAUGCAGAGUGCUGGUGAAAGCUACAAGGCCGAGCGCUGGCUGCUUCACAGUUUACAGGUUCACAUGGUGUCGGCUCAGCUCAGACCUCUUCUCAGGCAUCUGGGACAUACACGUAAAUACUAUAAUGAUGAUGCCUUUCUGCUGAGCGAGCCCCACGUCACCGCCAUGUUUCAGUGUCUGGAAGCUGUGGAGCAGAACAACCCCAAACUGCUGGCCCAAGUAGACACUGUUGGGCUGUCCCCUCUGAAGGGUCCACCAUGUCUAGGUCUGCUGAAGAGCCAGAGCCUGUGUGUGUUGCCAGGGGCAGGUGGGGCCUGGAGGAACCGUGACUCGGCGCCCAGAGCAGAAACUCUAAACCGCAGGCUCACCACCUCCAACUGCUCUCUGCGAGAAGCAGUCGCCACCAGCCACAAACCCGGGAGCGCUACGGGAGUCGGAUCCCAAAACAGCAGCAGCACAAACACUACUUCUCCAGCCAGCAGCCUAGGAGCUCCCUGGGUGUGCGUGUCCAGGCUGGGGGAGAGCGAGCGGGGUGUGACUCCACCUCCUGGCCCAGACCCUGUCCCAUCUAUCUCCCUCACAGAGUCCCCAACGCCCACUUCCCUUCAGCCUGAGACCGGUGUGGACUCUGGUGAUGGCGACUAUGAUGACGGUCCAGAGUACCUGGCAAUCGGUAACCUGGGGCAACGUAGUCGCCGUGACUCCCAAAGCUCCACCCACAGUAGCGAGCAGGGCGAGACCCCGGAGCGCCCCCUGGAAAGGAGUUCCCAGGCCCCGCCCCCACCCAGGCGUUCAUCUUUUUCAGAAGGCCAGAGGGGGCUGGGCCGGGGGUCCCGAGGACACACCCGCUCAUUUUCUGACACAGGGAUCAAUCAGAAACUCAGGAAUGAAUCGGCAGGCGAUGACUGCUGUAUGAAGGAAUACAGCCCCUUCUCACCUCAGUCCAGUGAUUCCAGCACCCCCAGUUCCCUCUACAUGGAGUCUCAUGGGUCCAAGUACAGCAAUGUCCCAGAUGGGAUGUUCAGGAAGCCGUCAGAAGGCCAGAGCCUCAUCAGCUACCUGUCAGAGCAGGACUUUGGCAGCUGUGCUGACCUUGAAAAGGAGAACGCUCAUUUCAGCAUUUCAGAGUCCCUUAUUGCGGCCAUUGAGCUGAUGAAGUAUAAUCUGCGGCGUCAGGAGGAGGAGGGCGAGGAGGAGGGAGACAGUGACUGUGAGAUUCAGCAGCUCAAACAGAAGAUCCGCCUGCGCAGGCAACAGAUCCGCCGCAACCGCCUGCCGCCCUGCACCACAUCCCAGCACUUCUUUCAUUCCACUGACAGCGGAGGCUCCAGGAGGAGCUCCCAGGACUCAUACCAGGGCCUGUCUGACUCCGGCUCAGCUGAGGAGGUGGAGGAGUGUGAACUAAGAGAUGGCUGUGAGGGUCAGUCCCUGCUGGCGGUGUCUCAGAACGGCCUCUCCCUGUCACUCGCCUCCCUCUUCUCAGAUGCAGACAUAAAGCGCAGUGUGAGCUCCAGCACCAGGUCUUUUCUCAGCUCCGAGUCCAUCUCUCCAUCCUUCCUCCAGUCUAACUCUGCUGAGUCAGUAGCCAUGGGUUUGCUCAGGCAGUUUGAGGGCAUGCAGCUUCCUGCAGCCUCGGAGCUCGACUGGCUGGUCCCAGAACACGACGCUCCACAGAAGCUGCUGCCCAUCCCAGACUCUCUGCCGAUCUCACCUGAUGACGGUGAACAUGCAGACAUCUACAAGUUGAGGAUUCGGGUCAGAGGCAACCUCGAGUGGGCACCGCCUCGACCGCAGAUCAUCUUCAACAUUCACCCUGCCCCCAAGAGGAAGAUAGUUGUGGCUAAACAGAAUUACCGUUGCGCCGGCUGUGGCACCCGCAUCGACCCAGAUUAUAUUAAGCGACUGCGUUACUGUGAAUACCUCGGCCGUUACUUCUGCCAGUGCUGCCACGAGAACGCCCAGGCAGUGGUUCCCGGCCGAGUGCUGAGAAAGUGGGACUUUAGCAAGUACUAUGUCAGCAACUUUGCCCGGGACUUGCUGAGCAAGAUCGCGGGAGACCCGCUGUUCAACCCCAAUGACAUCAACAGUGGCCUGUACAAAAAGAUUAAAGCACUGGAGGCUGUCAGGGUUUUGAGGCUGCAGCUGUUUCACAUGAAAAAUCUCUUCAAGACCUGUCGUUUUGCUAAAGAGGUGCUCGACCAGUUCGACAGCCUGCCGGGUCACCUAACUGAGGACCUUCACCUCUUCUCCCUCAAUGACCUCACUGCUGUGCGCAACGGGGAACUGGCUCCCCGGAUGAAAGAGCUGCUUAAACUUGGUACCACGCACGUAGCUGGCUGUGUGCUGUGCCAGGCGAAGGGUUUCGUGUGCGAGUUCUGCGGCAACGACAAAGACAUCAUCUUCCCCUUCCAGCUGAACAAGUGCCAGCGCUGCGAAGAGUGUCACGCGUGUUACCAUCGCGGCUGCUUCCGGACAGGUAAAGACUGUCCUCGGUGUCAGCGACUGGCGGAGCGAAGAGAGAGGAUGGCGCGCAAAAACAUGGAGGAACAGGAAGACGAGGGAGGUGGGAGCUAGUCCCUGGUAACAGAGGAGACUCGGAGACAAAAGAAGAAGAGCACAAUGCGACCAUGAUUGUAGUAACUGACCACCUCUCUUUCCGUUCCAGUCCUCUCAGACCUGGGUGACAAUACUCGCUGUAAACGGCUGUUUUGAUAUCAAUGAACAGGUGCCAGAUGUGCAGUUUUUACCACAUCAGUUGUUUCAGAUACAUUUUUUUCUGCAAGCCCUUUUCACACAUCUAUUAACUCAGUGAAUACAUUCUGUUUGAAGCUGAGUCAUUUUGCAAAGAAAUGUCAUUUAAAAUAUUCUGACAUUUCUUCUACAACUUGGCAUUGGCUCAUCCACGGCACUUAUUCGUAAUUUAAUGUCCUUGUACAUAAAUGAAAAUUAAAGGCUGUAUGUGUACAAUUUGAUAUAAAUAAAUAUAAAUAUUGGCGACACCUAGUGGUAGUAUUAAAAAAAUCAGUGUCUGACAGCAGUCACUGUGGCUCCAAAAAUCCUUUUUUAAAAUUAAUUAUUCAUCAGUGUCCUGUUAACACUUGUCUUCCCCUUUGAACUAUCAUUUUCCUUUUCUGCCUUUUUGAGCAGUGCAGUAAAUGUUUUAUUAUUUUGUAUGAGAAAGUUAUGUGACACCAGCUGUGUUGCAGUUACAUGUGUGAACAGGGCCUGAGAUUUGCAAAAUACCUUAGCGUUUUGUUCUUUUGUGGUAAAACUAAUAUGUUUGACAUUCAAGUAGAUAAGGAAAAAAACAAGUGUUUGCUCAGACUAUUGUACCCAGGUUUGAUAUUGCUCCUUCCCAAAAUUGCAGCCUCUGGCAACUGCUUCCACUCUGGUGAUUUUACUGGCUACUGGCUUAGCUGAGGUUUGUUUUAGUGACUCUAAAAUGACAGGAUCUAGUUUUUAAAAAAAUCUAAUAGCAAGCAAAAGUAUGGAUCUGUUUUAUGAUUUGACUGGUUUUCAGUGCAGAUACUGAAGCUAUCCUGCCCUGUAUAUUGAAGUUUUUGUUUUAAUUUGAAAACACUGAAGACAUUUCAUUAAUCCUCUCUUAUCCCUUGAUCUUUCCUGUCAUUUUUUAAAAAGUUGUUUUAGCCACGCUUAUGUGCCUCUGGAACCAAUGAACUUUAGACUGGCAGAGCUGGUGGAGUUGCAUUGGAAAGCUGAAUUUAUACAAGGACUGCACUUCAGAGAGGUUUCAGAGUCAGUGUUGCAAAUAUUUUUAAUGAAACUGCAAAUGCUCCAUUUUUGUGCUGCUUUGUGUGUGUGUGUGUGUGUGUGCGUGUGCGUGGUUGCUAGAAAGAGUGGAGUGAAUAUGAGUGUGUAUUUGCCUGUGGGGGUGUGUGUGUGUGUGUGUACAUGUCUAUCUGCUGUACAUGCAGCCAUGCAGAAAUGGUUUGCACCAGCCUAAUCAGCACUUGCCUGUUUUCUAACAUUGUAGGUUUUGGAAUAAUAGAGAGAGAGAGUCCAGUUAAUUGCACUGAUCCUGUCUGUUUCUGUUGGAGGGGGUUUGGAGGGACAAUCACACUUUUGGGGAUUUUUCAGACGCUCAUUGUUAAAACUUCACCGUGAAAUGUCUGUUUCUUUAAUGAAGUUCCUGUCACUUGGGUUGCACUACACUGUGAAGGGUUUCAGUCCAGACUGAGAGAUCCUCAAGUUAAUUUUCUUACUCUUGGACUGAAAUCUUUCAUAUGUAAGUGGGGUUUCUCCUCCAGCAGAUCUUUGUAGUCUAGCACAGCGGUUCCCAACUUUUUUGGCUGGUGACCCCUUAAAGGAAUCAUGUGGCUUUUUCAAAAAAUACACUUGUUUGCUCUUUUGCCAAGAGUUAGACGAGAAGAUCGACACCACCCACAUCUCUGGAUGUUAAAUACAGCAUGAAGCUGGGGCCAGUUCAACUAAACUGUAAUUUUCCUUCUUAGAUUGUUUUAUUUGAAGGAUUUUUAGAAGCUCAGAGUGGUAAAAGUACCCAGUAUCUAACAAGAAUAAAGCCAAAGUAAUGGGGAAGUUGAAAAAAAAAAGAUCAUUUUGGAGGUCUUGAUACUAAGUUUGGGAGCUGCUGAUCUAGUUACAUUUUCUUGUGAUGCUGUCACUUGUUAAAAGUGUAUCUCAACUAUAACUCUUGCAGAUUUAAAAAAUAAUAAUGAUAAUAAUAAUAAUAAUCUUGUGACUGACUUCAGGGCUUCACCUCAAGUGUGCACAGCAAGCGUUGAGUUAAAAUAACCAGCACCCUGAGGUCUCACUAAUAAAAUGUUAGAUUUUCUUUUUACAGAAUAUUUUUGGGGAAGAAUGAACAUAUGUUCAUGUCAUAGUUAAUGACAGGAAAGUUGUGGGAAAACAAAUAUGCAACCCACUGAUUUAAUCAAACAUUUCAGAAAUUAGAUUUUUGUCCCUACAGCAAUUUUAUAUGUACAAAGCUUUUAAUAGAUGAGACACAUACCAUCCUCAACAGGCUUUGCUUUAUAUGUACAAUCCCUCAUGAGAUGAACACGCUCUCAUGAGAUGCUACUUAAAGCAAUAAGUGUGGUAUUCAUGUCCCGUAGCCCUCACAGACACACAUGAAAGAGAUAAACCGUGGCCGUAUGUUUGGUUUUUAUAGGAAACACUGAACUCUUCACCUCACGGCUCCUGAACAAAGUGACCAAAAUGACUCCACUGAAAAACCUCCUCAGCUCAGCAGAUUGUUUGUCCUUGAACUGCCUUUAACAUGGAGGCGUAUGGAGGUUUAAAGUGCACUACAGAUCAAAAUGUCUAUUAUUAAAAAUGUUAAUUAUUGUUAUAAUGAUUAUUAUUUGUGUUAAUUUGCCUUUGUUCUAUAAUUAUGUUGAUAAUAAAAGAUGGCUAGACUGUU